AUGCCCUCCCCUCCCGCCUCUCCCCCUCCUCAAACUAGGACCGAACCCAAAAGGGAGGAGGAAGCCCUCCCAGUCUCCCAGGCCACCGACGUGCUCCUCUCACCACACAUGUCCACGCAGCCGCGGUACCGCGCCUACCGCGUCGCCCGCGCGCGCUUCUGGGAGGCGUUUCCCGGCGGGCGGUAUGUGCGGUUGCCGACGCCGGGCUCCAACCUCGAGUGCGGGUUCCACGCGCUGCGGCUGUCGAUGCGGCAGCAGUAUCGGGGUACUAGUACUAGUAUACGCCUGCCCACGCUGGAGGAGCUGCGCGGCGUGUUUUUCUCUGGCGAGGUGGCGGGGAGGAACGGGGAUGUGGUCAUGGACAACGAGGUCUGGUUUACGGCCGACCAGCUGGCGGCUGUUUUCAGCGAGUGGGGGAGGAGGUAUCUGUCUGAUGGUGGUCUGCGGUGCCAGCUGGGGUAUGUCACUGGCGACGGGACUGGGACAGGCACGGAAGACGAGUAUGACGGGGUCCCGGUCAUGAUGAACACGCCUGACGUGGACACGGCUGAGGAAGGGGGGCUUGAGAAGGGGAUUGUCAGGGUGUGGGUGUAUAAUGAUGGGGCGUCGUUGAGGGGCGGGGUGGGCCAUUUUGAGGGCAUCAGGCGGCCGGUUGGGGAGGAAAAGCGGGUAACUGAGGCAGAGGGAGGAUGA